AUGGGAUUGGAGUAUAGAUGCUGUGGAACUGGUUUCUACAGUCGAAUAGCAGUUGUAACUUUUCUGGUAUUGUUUGCUGGGAUGGUGUCUGGACUUACGUUAGGACUAAUGUCUAUGAGCCUUGUUGAUCUUGAGGUUCUUGCCAAGUCUGGAGCGCCUAAUGAUCGUAAACAUGCAACAAGAAUAUUGCCAGUUGUUAAAAGACAGCAUCUGUUGCUUUGUACCUUACUAAUCUGCAAUGCUGCUGCAAUGGAGGCACUCCCCAUUUUUUUGGAUAGUUUGGUAUCAGCUUGGGGUGCCAUUCUUGUCUCAGUGACCUUGAUACUGUUGUUUGGUGAGAUUAUACCCCAAGCUAUUUGUUCUCGGUAUGGUUUGGCAAUUGGUGCAGCAUUGGCUCCAGUUGUCCAAGUUCUUGUCUGGAUUUGUUUUCCUAUUGCAUAUCCUAUAAGCAAGCUACUGGACUUUUUGCUCGGGAAAGGAGACAUGCCUCUUUUCCGCCGAUCUGAGUUAAAGACACUUGUUGACUUUCAUGGUUACGAGGCUGGAAAAGGAGGAGAGCUAACACAUGAUGAAACAACGAUCAUUGCAGGGGCACUUCAACUCAUGGAGAAAACAGCAAAGGAUGCAAUGACUCCCAUAUCCGAAACCUUUUCUGUUGAUAUAAAUGCUAAACUUGAUAGGGCUUUGAUGAGGUUAAUUUUGGAGCAAGGGCACAGCAGAGUGCCGGUUUAUCAUGAGCAACCGACAAACAUAAUUGGACUUGUAUUGGUAAAGAACUUACUAACUGUCCAUCCAGAAGAUGAGGUUCCCGUGAAGAAUAUUAAUUAUGAUACUGGAAGGUCUGCUAUAGCUGGUUCAAAGGAAUUAUUCAGUACAUUUAAAGGUACGCAACAUGAAGAUACUGAUGGUUGUUCAUGA